CCCUUGGACCCUCGGCUACCCUCCCCCUCCCCUGGCGGUGCCCUCUGCUCCGGCCAGAGACUGCUUACUCUCACGCAGCUUGGACUAGGCACUGUCUGCUCAGAGCCCCGCAGAGUCCCCUGGUGCCCUCAGCCAGGGUCAAACUCCAUAACCCUCCACUGAGGUCCCAGCCCAGCCCUCCGACCCAGCACUCUCUGGGCUCCUGCUCUGUCCUCCUCUGUCACGCUCCCCUAGACCUCGCUCCCUCUGGCAAACACCUUCUCAGUAUUGCCUCCUUGACAAAGCCUUCCUGUCCCCCUCCGUGGCUGCUGCUGGGAGACACUGUCUUUCCCUGGGAGAUGGGGCGCUCAGGAAGCAUCCGAUAAAAGGACCCAGCUCUGCCUGGGAAGGGCAGGAAGGAGCCCCAGGGGAGGGUGUAGCUGGUGGGGGCUGUCUGGGGCUGGGGCUGGCCCUUGGGGAGCAGGACCGAGGAGGCCACCCCGAGGUCUUUGUCCUGACUAUGGGGGCCCAACCUCUAUCGGCCAAGAGCAGGCCCAGGUCUGCACCCCAGCACUGUCCCAGAGCCCAGCACAGGGCCCACCCAGCCAGCGACUGGGGGUGAUGGUUGAGCGGUUGAAUGGAGGAACCGCAGGUAGAAAGAGAAGGUGUGGGGUGCAGGGCCUUGGGGCCCUGGGUGACAGUGGUCCCACCCCAGCAGGCAGGAGGGUGGGGCGGGGCACAGUGGGUGGUGGCCCCUCCCGGUUUCCUCCUCCCGACAGCAGAAGCCAGACUCAGUGCACUGGGUGUGAGGCAACAUGGGCAGCAAGAGGAGAGGGGCCAGGAACAGGAGGGGCAGGGACGGCCCGGCCCCCACACAGUGUGUCCAGGCCCAGUGCUUUGACCCUCUGGUCCGAAACUGCGUGGCCUGCAAUCUCUUCCGGACGCCAGAACCGAGACCGGCCUCGCCUCCCUCCGACCCUUCCCCUCCCCCGCCGUCUCUUCCCUCCGCCCCCUGCCCUCCCUCUCCGUCCCUUCCCCCAGCAGCGGGGGCCAGCAGCAGCCUGGCGCCCGGGACGGCGCUGCAGCCGCAGGAGUCGGUGGGCCCGGGGGGCGCGGCGGAGGCUGCGGCGGCGCUGCCGCUGCCCGCGCUGCUCUUCGGCGCCCCCGCGCUGCUGGGCCUGGCGCUGGCCCUGGUCCUGGUGGGCCUGCUGGGCUGCCGGUGGCGGCGGCGGCUGCGCGCGGCGGCUCCCCGAGGGACCCCGGAGCCGCACCCCGGCGAGACCCUGGACCAUGUCACCAUCCUCCCCCCGGGACUCCUUGAUGCCACCGCUCCCGUCUGGCCUCCAACCAGAGAAGACGCAGCCAACACCCCACCUGCCCACAGCGUCCCCGUGCCAGCCACAGAGCUGGGCUCCACUGAGCUGGUGACCACCAAGACAGCCGGCCCUGAGCAGCAGUAGCGACGGAGGGGGCAGGAGGUGGCCCCUGUCCUCCCAGUGGGCCGUCAGCCAGGGGCUUGGAGGUUGGAUUCGGCUCUUCACCCCCCCGUGCCCACCUGCCCCUUUUCUGGGAACCACGCUGCUCCCCUGCUAACCCCGCAGAGCCACAGACUAGAGACCUCAGACGGCAGGCGUGGCGGCCCAACCGCACCGUAGCAUUUGGCUUAAAACCAGACCAUCUUUGGCGGCCCUCGAAGGUUGUGGCUGAGCUCCCGAGCUUUUGAGUGCCUGGGGCACAUGGCGUAGGAGGUUUUUCUCUAAGCGCAGGGAAGCCACCAUCCACCAGAAUGAAUCUAGGAGAAGGAUCAGGUGGGAGGACGCUUAAUUUAUAGCUGGGUGAUGUAUCUCUUUAAUACGUGCUCUCCCAGCUGUCCUGCUUCUAACCGAUGCAAAUAGCAGCAAGGAGUAACCAGCCGACAGGUUUGCUUCAGGAUUUAAUACAGAAUGAUUCUGAUUGUAACAAAGAG